AUGGGUUUCUGUUUCAAUGCCCAGUUCGUUGGUCACUACUACUCAACAUUCGAUUCGAACCGCGCGGACUUGGCAGGCCUCUACCGCGACAACUCCAUGUUGACCUUCCAGUCUGCGCAAGAGCUCGGCGCUGCUGCGAUCGCUCAGAAGCUUGUGAGCCUGCCGUUCCAGAAGGUUAAGCACCAACCUGUCACCACCGAAGCGCAGCCGACCCCCGGCGGCGGAAUCGUGAUCCUGGUUACCGGACAGCUCUUAGUCGACGACGAGCAAAACCCUCUCAGCUACUCCCAGGCGUUCCAGCUGUCCAAGGACCAGGCCGGGAAUUGGUACGUCUUCAACGACAUCUUCACACUCGUCUAA